AUGACCGUUACUUCGAUACCCGAUCUUGGCAAUCUCGCCCGCUCCGAGUACCAAGCAGCAUUCGAUACCGCAGUUGCUAAAGUAUGGACCAAUCCGCAGUCCGACUAUGCGAGAAUCAUUAGAGUGCCCAAAGACAAAACGGCAACAACCUCUCCCAAUGGGAAUACUAGAAACGGUACUCUUGAUACCAACGGUUUUGAAGAAAACGGAUUGCGCCACAGAAAAUUCCAUGCUGAAGCCAACGCACCCUCGGGGGAUAUUGGAGCUCCUGCCAAGCGUCAAAACCUUGAACAUACCGUUUGUGUUUGGCAAAAGUUUCCCGAGAAUAGUUCAUUUGGCGAAAGACUAAACUGGACUCUGGACUUGGCCACUAACUUCAGAGAAGUCGGUUGGAACUGCUGUAUCUCUUCGGUUCCCAGACCCGAGAUUCCAACCAACAUUCGCGAUGGAGACCCCGUUUCCUUCAAGGACAUGCCCGUCGUGUCGAAAAGUGGCUACUAUCGCAACCUGACCGAAAAGGAGUUCGUAUGGACACGUCUUCGCACUGUCGUUCUUCUCACAUUCGUCUUGGACUUUUGUUCCGUCUUCAUGGUCAAGGAUCCAUACUGCACCUACGGCCCUGACCGAGAUCUCGCACUGCCAUUGUUUCUCCAGCAGCUUCCUCCGUGGCUUCUCCAAGCAUACCGUGAGCUCAUUUGUCUGGUGGGUAUUUACGCAGCCAUCGACGCCAUCUUCGGUAUGCACGAUCUGUUCCAGUACUAUGUUAUGAGCUAUGUGUAUCCCAUGCGUGGAGAGCUCUGGCAGUACACCAACAUCUUCGGGCCUCUCUCGCAGACCCUUGAUCGGGGUAUAGCUGGCUGGUGGGGUGCAACUUGGCAUCAGACCUUCCGACUCCAGUUCAUUGCUCCUGCAAAGUUCCUUGUUGACAAAGGCUAUAUGCAGAGGAGGACGUUGACUGCGCAGAUUGUUACCAUGUAUGUUUCCUUCAUCCAGUCUGGCUUGCUUCAUGGAGCAGGAAGUAUAACCUCUAUGCACCCCACCAAACCCUGGAGGGCGCCAGUCUUCUUCUUCAUCCAGCCUGUUGGUAUUAUAGUCCAGCUUCUUUUGCUCCGUAUCCUAGACAAAAACUUCCCCAAUACCCCCCAAGUAGCUCGACGAGUAUUCAACGCCGUCUCAACUGCCGCCUGGCUGUACUUCACUGCGUUUUUCUUCACCGAUGACAUUUCAUCUGCUGGUAUCUGGCUACUCGAGCCGGUGCCCAUUUCUCCUUUGCGAUGGUUAGGUUUUGGCCAUCCAGACGAUCACUGGUGGCGAUGGAGGAGGUAUUUGUUCCCAACGUGGCAUUCAGACAAGCACUGGUGGAAGAGUGGAGUGCAGCUCUGA